UACCGAUCUGACCGUACUAUCACUCAAGACUGCACUAAGGCUACAUCCGUCUCUCUGUUAAGCUAGUACACCGGUAGUCUUAUUUUCUCACAAUGCCUUUCUCUGAAUUAUAUUUUAAUGUGGAUAACGGUUAUCUGGAGGGGCUGGUGAGAGGUUUUAAGGCUGGUAUUUUAUCUCAGGCGGAUUAUUUGAAUCUCGUUCAGUGUGAAACUCUGGAAGACCUGAAGCUUCACUUGCAGAGCACUGACUAUGGAAGCUUCCUGGCCAAUGAAGCCUCUCCCCUCACCGUCUCCGUCAUUGAUGACAAGCUGAAAGAGAAGAUGGUGGUUGAGUUCCGGCAUAUGAGGAACCAGUCUUAUGAGCCUCUGGCCAGCUUCAUGGAUUUCAUCACAUACAGCUAUAUGAUUGACAACGUCAUCCUGUUGAUCACUGGAACUCUCCAUCAGCGGGCCAUUUCAGAGCUGGUGCCCAAGUGCCAUCCUCUUGGCAGCUUUGAACAGAUGGAGGCCGUUAACAUCGCCCAAACUCCAGCAGAGCUCUAUAAUGCCAUCCUGGUGGAUACACCUCUUGCUGCUUUCUUUCAGGACUGCAUCUCUGAGCAGGAUUUGGAUGAGAUGAACAUUGAAAUAAUUCGCAACACUCUUUACAAGGCCUAUCUAGAAGCUUUCUACAAGUUCUGCUCUUCACUGGGUGGCACAACCGCAGAUACCAUGUGCCCAAUUCUGGAGUUUGAGGCAGACAGACGAGCUUUCAUCAUUACCAUUAACUCUUUUGGUACGGAGCUCUCCAAAGAAGACCGAGCUAAACUCUUCCCACACUGUGGCAAGCUCUACCCAGAAGGUCUUGCACAGCUAGCCCGCGCAGAUGAUUACGAGCAGGUCAAAGCUGUGGCUGAAUACUACCCUGAGUACAAGCUUCUCUUUGAGGGUGCUGGUAGCAACCCAGGAGACAAAACCCUCGAGGAUCGCUUUUUUGAACAUGAGGUGAAACUCAAUAAGCUGGCCUUCCUGAAUCAGUUUCAUUUCAGCGUGUUCUAUGCCUACGUCAAGUUGAAGGAACAAGAGUGCCGAAACAUUGUGUGGAUUGCUGAGUGUAUUGCCCAAAGGCAUCGGGCUAAGAUUGACAACUACAUCCCUAUAUUCUAAUGGUACAUAAUAUCAGUCUUGAACAGUGAUCCACAUGGCAUGCAUUAACUGUGCUCUGUUAUGUCAAGGUUUGAAAAUGACGAUCCUGUCUCCGCCCUGUUUCAUUGUGAUUGUCUUUAUUAGAGUUAAGGAUCAUUCCUUUUUGUUUGACAGACAAAACAAUGCAGUAGCAUCCCCCCUCCACCCUUAGGAUUUUUUAAAGGAAGCUUUUAGUAAAGUAAGAUUUUUUUUUUUUCUUCAUGAUGUCAUUACUGUGAAUCCUGUUACCUGGCAAUCAGUCACAGCCCAUUGCAAGUGUAGGUUCCAGGGAAUUACGGAGAAACAGGGAAGUUUAAGUGAAAUGCAAAACUCAAGACAUCUAAUUGUCAUACUCUUCCUGUGAUCUUCCUGCUAAGAAAACAUCCAUUCCAUUAUUAUCAUUUAUGCAUUACAUUUUCAAUUAAUGUACAUUGUCAGCUGAUAAACUCUCUGAACUCCUGGUCUCCCAGUGUUCACAUCUGAUGAGUGUUAGAGAAUCGCGGGUUAUUUAGACGGUGAGCCUUAUUUUGAAACGCAAGCAGAAUGAAUUAGUUUUGUGUAAACCGUUGUAUUUAGUUCAACUGCAUGGUUACAUAAAAAUGGAUUUAUAAUUGAUUUACAGAAUAAUUGUUUUGCUUGUGUUUUACUAAUAAGGAACAAUGGGAUUAUCCUUAAUAAAUAAGAGAAUUGCUGGGAA